AUGUGGAGUUAUCUGUAUCUCACCUUUUCAUUGAAGAAUAUACUCAUAUUGUAAGAUCGGUGCGCCGUGUGACAGUGGCAGCGGGGCACAAGUUACUCACCAAAGGUAUUCUACGUGCGAUUCUUCCAAUUCACACACAUACCAAACAGUAAUAUCUGUAUCUGGCUCGAAUUAUUUUUGCUGAAUGAAAUCUUCUUUUUUAACCGCCCAUAAUUCUCAAGUCUCAACCCAUUCCAAUUCCCAUUUCCCAUUCGAAUCUGAUUUUGAAACCAAGACCAACUGGAUCCGGAGUUCGGAGAAAGGCCAUUUCCAUUUCCUCUGUACUCGACGGGGUCUAAAACUGAAGAAGAAAUCUUCAAGACGUUGGUUGAGUCAAGCCAAGACUUUGAGACAAGAAAGUUGCUCACCUGAGGUCGCGUGUGUUAUUUGGCAAAGAAGUUUUCAGUAUCGGAAUUUCAGUUCUCGCGCAUCCAAAGUUUCCAAGAUCGCCAAACGUGCGACACCUUCCAUCAGAAUUGUACCUGUUAUUGAAAUUGUGCGCUAAUCGUUAUCACGGACGCACGGUCUGCAGUCGUUUCGCUGAGGGAAGUUACACGAAACUCGUAGGGAGGAACGGAAGUGUCUUGUGCGACCAGUUCGUUCGGAGACGUGGAGAAAGUGAAAGUAGCCAGGACCAGGACACAGAAGGACUACAGUCUAUGAAGCCUGCUGUUGUUAUUGCACCGGUGAUCUCAGCAGGUACUCAAAUAGUUUAGUUCCUUGUCAGGAACCCGCGGAUUGUGAUAGUGGAGCUUGCCCGAAAACUGAUAGUGAUUAUGCGUGCUGAAAUGCAUCGAGCCCUUACCAUACACUCGUGAAGAAAACAUUGAUGGGAUUAACUUCGGAUGACUUAAUUUCGAACUAAGGAUUAUUUGCAUCCCGGAAAUUUCAGUGAACUCCGAAAAUGGAAUCUAAUGCGAAGACUCAGUUGUUGGUGAAGAAGUCGUUACUUUGUGUGUUUGAUUGAUCCUUGAAGUGGUUAGUCGGGAAGGUUACGGAAUACCAAGUGCACAGCUUCCAAGAGUGGUUAUCUCAUUGCACCCGCAUCAACAGCAUAUGUGUACCUAUUGUUUACUGUCUAGUGGCAUUUCACCUAGUAAGCCUUUUUGAACCCCUAUUACAAAACUGUGCCAAAUUCAGAUUCAAACAUAAUUGAGCCGCGGGCCUAGAAGCUAUAGUUAAUCGUUAACCGCCAUAACCGUUGUAAGAGUUUCGUGUUUUCACGUAUUUCUUGUGUCGCGGGCCGCAACAAUAUUCUAACCUCAUUCUUAGAAAGUUGCGCUAGUGCCGUAUCGCGCGAAACGCUCUAGGUAGUUAGUGUGUUAUUUAGAACAAUUUCUCUUUGCAAAGAGACGUAACUGUAAAAAAAAACAACAAACGGAAAACAUAACGAAAAACCAAGUGAAUAAUAAAUCUAGCCGGAGAAGAAUACUAGUGUAUGUGGAAGAGCAGGAGGAAAACGCGUAGCUUAAGAAGAAGAAACAGAAGUGACGCUAGCGAAGAAGAUCCGCAAUUGAAAUAACUGAAGAAGAAAGUUCGGCUUUUCACAUUUCCAUGCAUACAAGCCCAGUGGCUGCAAGUACUAUUGGCUAGCUCGCUGCUUGACGGAAGUGUGCAAGUGUAUGAAUGUAUGUCGCGGAACAGUCGCUGCUUUUCUUACUCACAUGUGUAUUAGUUCCCAGGUGAUCUUUUAUCUGUUGGCCUAAUAAUAUCCGCGCCAGCCUAUUCUACCUGUUCACAGAUAUAUUUGGAAUGUACUAAGUCUUAUCAUUUGCGCAUAGUUCGGUGCGAAUCUAAAUGGAUAAUUAGCAGUUAAUUGGACCGUUUUAAAGCCUGCAUACAUACAUAUAUGUAUAUUCUGUGUGAACCUUAUCAUCAGCGAUUAUCUCAGGUGUCUCGUUUUUUUAUCUGUACGGAAAAUAGAAAACUAGAAACAAUCCAAUUUGAUUCGAACAUCUACUGAAUCUAAGCUCUACCAGAAGACUGAACUUACAGAGAUACUUUAUCUCUCGGUUUGGAUUAAAAUAGUAUUGGUGAAAUACAAUAAUAAUCAUCAACGGAUGAUCGGGUCGAAUCGAAUUGAAUCCGAUCGACUCGACACCUCUCACUCUUAAGGAAUAUUGCGAAAGUAUGAUGACGAAUGUUUUUAUCAAAAAAAUGGCACAAUCGCAACCGAAUUGUCAAUACACAACAAGAUAUUGCUGGGAAGCAGAUAAAGUGAAGACUUUGAUUCGACUCCGAGCUGAACUUUCUCCGCUGUUUACUGGUAAACGGAACGCUUCCAAAUAUGCAUGGGCAGUCGUGGAGCGUGAAUUAAAUGUACCAUUACCUCUAUCCAAAAUCAUCAAGAAAUGGAAUAAUCUGUUACAAGAAUAUAAGGCUAUUAAACUAUCAGAGGAACCAAAACGACGUGAAUGGCCCUUCUUCACUCUUAUGGAUGUUUAUUUUAGCGAUCAAGUCAAUGAUCCCACAUUAAGAUUAUUCUCAUCGACGAAAACAUUGAAGGAGACAAUAGACGACAGCGUUUUCGAAGACGAUCCAAUAAUAUCAUCAGCCAUAGCAGCAGCAACCCAAGGUUCAUUAAUGGACAUCUCAGAAUUGGUACAGGUCAAGCAGCAGCAAAAGAUGAAAAGUGAAAGUGAGAGUUACGAUGAUAUGGGACGUGAGACUCCAGUAAGCGACUAUAGUAGUGUAGCAGAUGAGCCCAAGAAGCAUGUAAUGAACGCAGAGGAAGUACACAGACGAAAACCAGAAAUACCUCAAUCACAGUCAGAGUACAAUGUACCGCCACCGCACCAAGGAAAUCCUUCUCCACCCGAACAUCAUACAAUUGAUCAGUACUUGCUAUCUUGGAACAAUUUUCACGGCAACAUGUGCAAAGGAUUUCACAGUUUACAGAAAGAUGAGAAAAUGGUCGACGUAACAAUUGCAGCUGGAGGAAAAAUAUUCAAAGCACACAAAUUAGUUCUCUCUGUUUGUAGUCCAUAUUUUCAGAAAAUAUUCUUGGAUCACCCAUGUAGUCACCCAAUCCUUUUCAUGACUGAUGUCGAUUGCAACCAUAUGCAGGGUUUGCUUGACUUCAUGUAUAGCGGUCAGGUCAAUGUAAAAUAUGAAGAUUUACCGAACUUUUUGAAAGUUGCCGAGGCUAUGCGAAUUAAGGGACUUCACACAGAGAGUACAACAGACACUGAACAGGACCUUCGAAUACCAAGACCAACCGAGGAAAGCAUCAACAGAUACCGCAGUUCAACACCCUCCCAGAAUUCACAUCCAGCAUCUUCAUCAAUUUAUGGCAACAACAACAGUGGAAACAUGAACGCAAAUAGUAAUGCCGCCAAUGGACAGAAUGUCAACAAUAAUAACAACAACAGUAACGCAGUUAACUUGAAUACAGCCGGAAACACUACCCCAAUACCAAGCCCCAACUUCCUCACAUUCCGUGAUCACAUCCGAUCCAAAUCCGCAAUGAACGAAGCCUUCAUGAACAACGCGAAUAAUAACAACAAUAACAUUGGUCCUGAGAAAUACUCCAUUCAACAGACGAAUAGUAGUAACAAAAUCCUGGACGGACGCAAACAUCCCAAGUACUUUGCGAAACGUAAAAUGUUGAUGCAGUACAACCAGGAUAUACUACGGGAAAAACGGAAUAAGGAAUUGGAAGCUCUGGAACAAAGACAACAGCAAUCGCCCCCCAUCAACCAUCCAAUGAACCCGAUAAACGACAACUUCCGAAUUAAAUUGCCAGAAUUAGUGAGAGAAGAGGCUUUGAACUUAGUACAGAAUAUCAAACAGGAACCCGGCACAGGAGCACCUUCACAACAACCCCCGGCAGCCCACAACGAACCUGAGGACAGGAGACAGGAGGAGCGCGAGGACAGACCAAUAGAACUGCGUGACAAUGAGGAGGCGGAAAACGAGGCUAAAGCUGCACUCCUCAAGCUGAAACAUUCGAUCCUUGAACAGAACCUUAUGAAUAACAACAACAACAAUAAUACCAGUACCAAUAACAACAACUACAGCAACAAUAAUAAUAACAAUACAAAGCUGCCUGUGGAGAGUAGCAACGUGAGCAUGGACAGAAACCUGAAUGCAGUUUGUAGUUAACUGAUAAUGAAAUCAUUGAUUUAAUUGUUAUAAUCGUAGAAAGGUUGGUUAUUAUUAUUUAAUUUUAAACUGCUUCAAACAAUCACACAUCGAACGAACCCGUUCCGGUUAAAUAUGUACACAGAUCGACUAAGAUUGAUGAUCCCAUUUUGAUUUGACUUUAUACUCAAAAUAUAAAUACAUUAAAGCUAUCUUAAGUCCCAUCUGAA